GCCUGAAUAUUAUUAUAAAAUCGUAAAAAAAAAUAUUUUCAAGCUAGUAGAAUAACUGAAAAGGGAAUCAUAACCUCUCCUUGAUUAUGCAACUAGUCAUACAAUACGUUUUUUCAAUUAAAUUCAUCAAUAUUUUUUCGGCAUUUUUAAUUAACAUUUUAAAUUUUGAAGGUUAUCUGUCAAGACAUAACCUCACAUAAAAAAUAACCUCUGAACAUUUUUAAGUUAUCUCUUAUCAAGUCAAUUAUUUAAUUCCUAACGUCACACUACUUGCUUUACACUCGUGAGUGCCGCCCAGUUAUCGAAUCUGAUUAGAUAAGCACAAGUGUGAUUAUUAUUAAAUAAUAGCAACAUAACUCAGCAAAAAUUUCGGUAUGAUGGCGCACAUGUUUUGCUUUAUUUGUUACAUCACGAAAUAACGAAAUGUUUACCAAGACCAAAAAUCUGAACCUAGUCUAUGUCCUGUCUUUUGUGGACCUGUUUGCCGUGGGCCUCACAGUGCCCCUAUUCAGCAACCAUUUACGGGAGUUAGGAGCUUCCCAUUUCACUAUAGGCCUCCUAAACUCGCUAUACUCAGGACUCCAAGUCAUUUCAGGCCCCAUUGUGGGCAGUUGGAGCGAUGUUAGGGACCGCAGAUCCGUUUUACAGAUCACUUUACUGCUCUGCAGUCUCGGCUACGUGGCCCUGGGGCUCACAAACUCACUUUUGGUCAUCGCAAGCGUUCGAAUUUUGCUCGUGGCGCCAGCACACUUUCAAAAUCGCAUGAUUACAGGAGUUACAAAACACACUCAAAGCAUUUGCAAGGCUAUUAUAACCGAUUUGGUGCCCCCUUCGGACCGGGCCAGCGCUUUCGGCCGCUCCACAGCCUUUGGUUCCCUCGGUUUCAUAAUCGGGCCAACGCUGGGGGGCCACUUAAUCGAGCGAAAAAACGGCUUUUUCCACGUGUGUCUUUUCACAAGUGUGCUUUUUAUCAUCAAUGUUGGCAUAACUUGCGCAAUUAAUGAAAUCAAAUCACCAAAAAAGCGGCAAUUAAAUCAUGAAAGUGUUCCUAUUUUUGCAAAACUUGGACACGAGUUUAACAAGUCGGUGAGAGACAUGGGGGAGAUCGACUGGGGGGCUUUUUGGGACGUGUUCCUGCUACGGUUUAUUUUCGGUUUUUCGGUUACGAUGUAUUUCUCGCAACAGUCGGUUUAUUUGAAGGAGCAAUUCAAAAUGGCGCAGCGCCAUGUUGGUUACACCAUUUCGUUUUUUAGCGCGUCUGGAAUGGCGGCCGCUUUUUUGCUACAUUACAUUAAUUAUUUCUACAAAGGGGACGUUUCGUGUUUGAAACGUCUAACUCAUUUUUUUCUUUUAAUGACUUUGAGUCUUGUUUGUUUGUAUUUUGCGCCAAAUAUCGAGUUGUUUUUGUUGGUUUUGGUUCCCUUCUCGUUGAGUUGUACGGUUUUAAGGAUAGUUAGCAUGGAAUUGAUGCUCAAAAAUGCGUCAACUACUCACAGGGGGUCUCUAUCAGGGACUUCCAACAGUAUUAUGUCAGUUGCUAGGUUUGUAACUCCGGUUACUUCCGGGUUAAUUAGUGAUAAGUUGGGGGGAUCUAGUGCUCUGCUUUUUACGGCUGUGCCGCCCUUGAUUGGGACGCUUGUGUCGGUUUGGAUGAAAGUCAGGAAUGGUGAUAAGAAAAACAACUAAUUGUGAUAAUGUUAGUUAGUAAAGAUUUUAUUUUA